CUCUCUAUUUCUGAGCCAUGGAAACGUUUAUAUCUAGGAAGCGGCGACGAUCGUCCGUUUCAAACGAAGUGCCUCCGCGGGAUCCUAAAUGUGACCUUCGCGGCUCAACUGAUUUUAAUGAAGUUGAGUCGACAGAUUAUAAAUUGUCUAUUUUAAUAUCUCUCCAUCCCGAGAAGGACGAAGGAACGCUGCUGGAGACAUUACUGGCCUCUGAAGGUUCUGUCGAACGUGCACUAGAGUGUCUAAAACUUCCACCUAAAAAGAGGCCAGCAGCUUCAGCAACAAGUUACCAGUCAUCGCUCUCGUCCAUCACUAGGACCGGGAAGGAUGGGGCUACCAUAAAACAAUUAACGAAAAGGGGAAAAACAAUCCACCUGUACACCCCCGAGGAUAUUGAAGCCCACACGCCGUGUUCUAUAAUCUACAAUUUUCUCCCCUCAGAAGAAGCAGAUGCAUUACUCCAGGAAUUAGUAGACGAGUCGCCGACCUACAAGACGAACACGUUUCAGCUGUUUGAUAGAGUAGUCUCGAGCCCGCAUACCUUCUGCCUCUAUGUGGAUAGUUGGGACGAUGCAGAAAUGCAGAAGACACAAUAUGUCUACGACGGAAAAAAUGUCGAGGAUGUCCGCCGCAGCCUCCCCCGUAUGCGCGAUGCCUCCCACAAGGUGCGCGAAACUGUCAAUCAGGAAAUUACGAGGCGUAUACGGUCCUCCCCCACCGGCCAAAAACUCCACCACCAAUCCCCUCACCCCUGGGUCCCGAACACCGCCUUCGUGAACUGCUAUGACGGACCCCGCGAGAGCGUCGGCUACCACUCCGACCAUCUCACCUACCUUGGUCCGCGCCCCGUGAUUGGGAGUCUCAGUCUCGGAGUGGCGCGAGAAUUUCGUGUUCGCAAGAUCAUCGCGACGGAAGACGACGACAGUGGCGACAGUGACGCAGCUCGCAAGCGCGCCGACGCCAAAGCAGAUGCCCAAGGCCAGCUCUCCAUCCAUCUCCCACACAACUCGCUUCUCGUAAUGCACGCCUCCAUGCAAGAGGAGUGGAAGCACAGCAUCGCUCCCGCGCGAACCAUCUCCCCGCACCCAAUCUCGGGGAACAAGCGGAUUAACAUCACAUAUCGCCACUACAAGGCGAAUCUGCACCCACGCUUCACGCCCAAAUGUGGGUGCGGUGUGCCGACAGUGUUGCGCGUUGUGCAGAGGCAGGCGGGGAAUAGGGGGAAGUAUAUGUGGAUGUGUUAUGCGGGGUAUGUGCCGGGGAAGGAGGGGUGUAAGUUCUUUGAGUGGGCGGUGUUUGAUGAGGAUGGGGAUCCGCCGUGGGCCGAGGAGGCAAAGAGCAGUGAAAAGCAGAGUUUAAAUGCCGGAGAGCAGCUUCCAGGAGAAACUGAGGAUGAACGUAUGAAAGGGGGCGGAAAAGGGAAAGGAGAGGCGUUAAGUAGUGUAGAUGAGGGGUAAUUCAACUACAACUUCCCCAAUUCCAACUGACCUAUAACAUCAACCUAUAGUGAAGAAACCGACAAGAUUUUAGUUAAUACGAUGAGUUUUAUAAGCUGAAUAUUCCACCCCCCAAAGCUUCUUGAACGCUUGUGCAAACUGUUC